CUCUCCUCUACUUUUCAAGCCUAUCUAUUCUGCUCCAAACGUUCGAAUUACAACAUGCAUUUCCUCGAGCAGGUUGGAGAAAUUAUAUGCGUUAUUCCCUUUAUUUUUGUCGUUAUUUUCAUUUUUCUCGUUUCUACUCCCCUAGGCCCAAUCCUUUUUGUCAUUUGGCUUAUUCACACUGUAACCAAGGAGAGGGCGCCAAAGUUCAGGCUCUUCCUCACAAUUACCGCUCCUGACAGAGAUGAUAUCUCCCUAUUGUACGUGAAUACCAAAGUUACAAUCGGCGAGAUGAAGAAGGACAUUUUUAAACAAUUGCCUCCUGGGACUGGCACCUUGCCGAUUCGGAUUAAGCUCGAUGGCUACGAGCUACUGGACAGCUCCCAAGUAAAGGAUAUCCUGAGGAAUGGCGACAGGCUUGCAGUUUCUCUAGACAAACAUCAGUCAUCAGGCCUAAGAAGUUUAUUCUGGAGAGUCAUCAGCUGAGUAAGGUGAUACAGCGUAAUUAAGGAUUCCGAAUAUAUGCUCUCUCCAGGGAUAGCUGCUGCUUAGAUUUCUUUUUCACAUCAGUUAUCGCUAGAACAGCAAAUACAUACCCCUUUACCCC